UCAUUCAUGUAUUGAUAAACACUUCCGCCAUAGUUUCCGCGCCGGGAGGCUGUAUGUAUUUUGACAGGUCUAAGCUGUUCUCAGCGGAGAAUGUCAAGGCUUUGAGCAAUACUUUUACUACGGUCGUCCGCUGCUUCAUCGAUGUUCACUUUGGCCGAUCCGAUUCCAAUUCACAGUGCAUGCCAAUGCGAUCCCAGCCAGAAAGCUCCAUGAUGACACGGAGUCAACCCAGCAUCGUUCGCCCGACUUUCAUAUCAUUUAGACAGCAUAAUCGAAUCCACCAAACUACCAAGGCGCUAUUAUCAAGAGUCCAACACCAAUGUCGAUAUUACUUCUCCCACUGUUUUUCUUCUUUUUUUCUAUUAUUGCGAGGAAGGUGGGGGACGGGGGUUGUGGUGUGUGGCGAUGCUCGAAGCCGCCUAUGA